UAUCUCUGUCAAUGAUCUCCUAUAGCAGGCUCCAACAAACACCACCAAGACGUGUUUGGCAUCAAUUGCCGUGUCGAAGAUUAAAAAAUGGACCAAAAGUGGAUUCAUCUGCUGAUGAUUCUGGUGUUUUAUCAAGGGAUGAGCUCAGGAGUUGGUGAAGACGUGACACCAGAGGAAGGGAAGUCGGUUGAAAUAACGUGUUCUCCUACUUUGGUGGGCACCUUGAUCAUCUGGUUUCGAAUCCUGAACACAUCUGGCAUUGAAUUCAUAGCAUCUUUCGCACCCGGCAGCGACAUUCCGAAGACAAGCAUCUCUGACAGCUUCAGUACCUCAAAGGCUCGCAAUAGAAUACUAACCCUGAAGUCAUUCAACAAACAGAAAGACGGCGGCAUUUACACCUGUGCGUCUCUCAAGGGUAACACAUUGGAUUUUGGCAAAUUAACCCGACUGGUUGUAGAAAAAGAUAAAAUCGUGACUGAAGCACCGGCGGCGACCACCACCACCAAAAAAGAUGAAGCCAAGACCACCACAGCGUGCGUUUGUAAAACUCCUAAGUCAGCAGGGGGAAGCGGUUUUUCCACCUUUUGUAAUCCAAUCAUACUGGGCGCACUGGCUGGCAGCUGCGGCCUUCUUCUGCUGCUCCUCAUCAUCAUCAGCGUGCACUGCAGUCGAAUAAGGACCCGGAGAUGCCCACACCAUUACAAAAGAAAGCCCCGGACGCCAGCUCCUGGAAAACAAAUGAUGGCCAACAGACACGUUUAAUGUAAAUGGUGCAGUUUCACAGUCCAUGCUAUUUUACAGCCAUGUUUUCUUGUUGCAGAAAUCAUUUUUCAUCGUCAACUUAACGACAAAUUCAUGGUAAAUAAUUUGUCGUCACAAUGUGUGCGAUAGAAAACAUGAAAGUGUUUAAAUUGGUUCAAGAGUUCAACACAUUAAAUAUUUUUUUUAAAGUUCUUGUGUCGUGUCAGCAUUCAGUUUUAACUGCAUUGUGGUUAGACGGCCGGCAGCGCAGCGCUGUUUGUGCAUUUUUUGUGCAUGCACAUUUAACUCUUUAUCAAACUGCAAUGAAAUAUGAUAUGAAAUGUCGAGUGAUCGGAUUACCAUGAAUGUUGAAAAUAGAAAUCACUUAAAUCCUGAAAAUAUUUGCAUUGUAUGAAGUUAAUGCAAAAUUGCUCAUAAGUCAUUUUACUUUUGUAUAGAUUUAAUUCCAUUAAUCUUUCAAUAUUAUCCUUUCAAGAGCUGAUUUAUAUCCUGUUUAUUUUUUAAAGCAUACUGCCUAUACUGUGAAGACUAGGGUUGAAAAUGUUACUUUUUUUUUAGCUGAGCUUCUUAGUUUUUGUU